AUGUUCUUCACGCCCUCUAAGCUCUCCCUUGCCCUGUUGGCUUCUCCCUUUGCCGCGCUCGUCUUCGCCUCGCCCGUGAAGCUUUCGAUGCGCGACGUGUUCGUUCCGCCCAUCACCGCGCCCAUCGCCGGCGCUGUGUGGCCCGUCGGCUCGCAGCAGACCGUUACCUGGGACGUGUCCGACCCGCCUGAGGACAUCGCCAAUCCGAUCGGUACGAUCGUUCUCGCCAAGGCUGGCCUCGUUUUGGAUCUCGACGACCCACUUGCGACCGGUUUCUCCAUCCUCGACGGUAGCCACGUCGUCACCGUUCCCGACGUGACACCCGGCGACGACUACUCGCUCGUCCUGUUCGGCGAUUCUGGCAACUUCUCUCCGGAGUUCUCCAUCACGGCCUGA